ACUACUCUAUUUGCAUUUCAGCAAAGAGCUGCUGAGUUUAGGUUCAUAGAUUGAAGUGACAGUGCAUGUCAUGUGUGAAGAGAGCAGAGCAACCUGACAGCCAGAGAGGACUCAGUCAACUGUGCUGAAUGGCAGACAACUUGGGCAGAGACCACAGACAGGGACAGCGAAGCAAGCUGUAGACAGGAUAGAUUCUCAGAAAGAAACUUGAAAUCAGCAAGGAAACUACAUACAUCCACAGAAAAGCAAAGAUCGGGGCUGCCUACUUGCUGAAAUGAUGGGAGCCGUUGAGGGGGUAUUUCUGGUUCUGAUGAUCACCCAGUUCAUUCUUGGAAAUCUGGGGAAUGGUUUCAUUGGUUUGGUCAAUGGCAGACGCUUGUUCAGGAGCAAGAGAGUCUCUUUAUCUGACUUCAUCAUCACCAGCCUGGCCCUCUCCAAGAUUGUUCUGCUGUGGAUUUUCUUGAUUGAUGGUGUUUUGAUAACAUUCUCUUACAAAAUGCAUGAUUCAGGAACAGUAAUGCAAAUUAUUGAUAUUUUCUGGACAUUUACAAACCACCUAAGCACAUGGCUUAUCACCUGCCUUGGUGUCCUCUACUGCCUGAAAAUCGCCAGGUUCUCCCACCCAACAUUCCUCUGGCUCAAGUGGAGGGUUUCCAGGGUGGUUGUAUGGAUGCUGUUGGGUACACUGCUUUUGUCAUGUUGCAGUACCAUGUCUCUGAUCAAUGAAUUUAAGAUCAAUUCUGUGCUCUGUGGAAUUGAUAGCACAGGUAAUGUGACUGAGCACUUCAGAGAGAAGAGAAGUGAAUAUCAUCUGAUCCACUUUCUUUGGAUUCUGUGGCAUGUCCCUCCCUUAAAUGUGUCCCUGACUGCCUAUGUUCUGCUCAUUCUCUCUCUGCGGAGACUCACAUGGCAGAUGCAGCAAAAUUGUACCAGUUCUAGAGAUCCAAGUACUGAGGCCCACUAGAGGGCUACCAGGAUUAUCCUGUCCUUCCUGCUUCUCUUCCUACUUUAUACUCUUUCCUUUAUAAUUUUGUCAUUCAGUUGUCUCCUACCAGAUACUAAAGUGGCUCAGAUGAUUGGUGAAAUAUUUACAAUGUUUUAUCUUGUUGGCCACUCAUUUGUUCUCAUUCUGUGGAACAACAAGCUGAAACAGACAUUUAUGGCAAUACUCCCUUAUAAGUCUGGUCAUCUGAAGCCUGGGCCUAAGGGACCUUCUCCCCAUAGUUAG